GGAAUGGCAGCGAGCAGCCUACGUCAUCACCAUCAAGAAUCACUGUUCCAACGUUUCUCGGAGAAAUGACGAAAGCUUUUUGAAGGUAAAAAUUAGAUGCACUAAAUCAGUGUCAGAUUAACCUCAAAAACGAAAGACCAUUCAAUUCAUUAACCACACAAUUGGACAUUUUUGUAUUUCUUUCUUUGGAACUUCAAAUUGACAAAAAGCAGGAGAAGUUACUUUACAAAGUAUCAUAGCACAACAACCGUUUUUAUCUGUCGUGUCUUUUGGCAAGGUGGCCGGACAGGGUUAUCUAUCAUUGUCUAUUCACAAGAUCGGAAUACCUACCAUAACUUUACUUACCCUGGUCUGGAACACAACUUCCGUAGCGUAAAAUGUAUGUAUCGAUAAUCAACCCUCGCGCUUCAUCGCUGCCAAAACAAUUCAACUUCAAGUCAUUGAACAAGGCCUUUGUUUGCCCCAAUCAUAUUCCAUUAUUAUUAGUUGUUCUUUGGCGUAAUCGCAGAGGACCCCACAGCUUUGAAACGACAUCGAAAAUCUUGGAUUUGAUAUGGUUGUCUGGUUACUAGCUUUUACGGACCAAGUACGAACAUCUCAGACCGGCUUGGCGUUGAGAGGUCGAGAAUUCGAAGCAAAAAGAAAAAAAAAAAAAAAAAAAAAGGAAAAAAAGUCGCUUUUCUUGUCUUUUUUCUGGGGUCGGAUCAAUCAGUUGCAAAUUGUGGUUUUUGAGCUCUUCUGUUUGUUCACACGAAGCCAACACGAGCGUGGUAACUUAUCUUCGGCUCUUUUCUGUUUCUAAUCGGGGACACGCGCUCCAACGGCCGGGCAUAUUUUUCCCAGUUGUAGUCGGGACAUUCAGACAUCCCUCAUCCGUACCAUAUAGUUUAUAUAUUUUCCCGUGUAAAAAAAGGGCAUCCAUAUAUAUAUAUAUUAUAUACUCCGUAUAUAUACGCAGCGUAUACCUAGGUAAAUAUAGUGUUGUGUUGAUUUCCAAUUUUUCUUGGGGCGGAAAAACGAAAAGCUUGGUCUGUGGCUUACGUAACAACCACAUCAUCGGUGUCGUCAGAUUUUCCCUUUUUUUCCCUCCCUCGACAGCCCAUUUUAAUUUUUUUUUUCUUUUCUCUCUCCCUCGCCGUCAUCAUCACUAUCGCAUCAUUAAGCCAUCAUCAUCCCAUCAAUUAUCCGCCCGCUUUCCAUCAAAUCGCCCGGCCCUCUCGACGCCCACAAUCCAAACUUCACCGCUUCUGCCCCUUUCUGCCUUUACUUUCCCCUUUUCCUAAUUCCUUCCCGCGUUCUUUUGGGUCUUUAUUGGCUCGUGCUCGCUUGCUGGGCUGCGUGAUUGCUCUCGCCCUUCUCCUGUCGUCAUCCACCUCCUCCCCUCGACAGAUCGAGUCUUCCCGCCCCCCUCCCGCCUCACCGUGGCUCCCUGCCUGUCGCUGCUACCACUGUCUUCAGUGUGCUGCCUCCUUUGUCGUUGUCUUCUUGUUGCGUGGUGCGAUGUCCGCUGCUAUUGCUACCAGACCCUCUCCUCGGAUUGGCCGUCCGGCCUCCCGCACUGACUCCCCCAUGGACUCCAAAAAGGGCCCCUGGAAGUCAGAAGAUGCGCAAAGUACAACCUCUGAUCAAAAGGACGCAGCUCAUCCUAGUGAUGCUGAAGGAACCCAAUCCGUCUCUAAUAAUCGUCGCCAGGCACAACAACAACAGCAGCAGCAGCAGCAACAACAAGCAGGAUCUGACACACCCGAUUACUUCUCCGGCGUCCAUAGCACCACUCAGUUCUCCCUAGAACCUAAUCCCUUCGAACAAUCCUUUGGCAGCCAACCCGCUGAUACUCCGGGAAAAUCUCUCCUGCCACCUGUCGCUGCGCUCACAUCGCCCGCCUUACCCGGUACAACCUCAGCUGGUGGUUUCAAUUGGAGCAAUUCACUUCGCGCCGGACCACUCAGUCCCGCGAUGCUUGCUGGGCCUGCUGCCUCCAGUGACUAUUUUGACGGUAUUGGCCGCGGGUUCCCUACGCCAAACGAGUCAUCGUUGCGCACCGGGCUUACCCCUGGCGGCGGAGGGUCGAUGUUUCCUGCCGCCUCAAGUCCAAACACCCAGGCUCUGAUGCAGCAGUUCCAGAGCGGGGGCGCCACUCCAUCGACCAUUGAUUUCCACCGUACGGCUAUGAAUGCUGCAAGGAAGAAUGCCCGGACCUCCAAUCCACAGGAUUCAGACCAGCUGCUCCAACAACCCACCAACCUAGAAAGCGCCAAGCCUGAUUCCCAUGUAGAUCCUUUCGCACAUCAUGACGCCACGGAUGCUGCCAAUGGUCUUUUUAUGCUAGCCAAAGGAGGUCAACAAAAUAAUGGCCAAUUUUCCGUUCCAACUUCGCAACCUCCCCCCCAGAAUCCAUCGAACGAAUCGGGCGCAAAUCUACAGAACGGGAAUAACCCUGCCCACGAUAUGAAUGGUGGUGUCUCGGAUAGCGCUGGUGACCAGCCGAAAUCAAAUCCUCGUGGCGGUAAAGGGCGGAAAGCCAGUUCUGGAAAAAAUAAUGGUCGACGAAAAGCAGAUGAUAACACCAAUGCCAACAAGGGUGCGAACAAAAGGGCCAAAGGAAAUAGUGGCUCCGCGGUGGACCAAAGUGUUGAUGGGUCAGAGGAAGAGGAAGAAACUAAACCCCAACAACCCGAACCUUCAAACACCAAAAAGAUGACUGAUGAAGAAAAACGGAAGAAUUUCCUUGAACGGAAUCGUGUCGCUGCCUUGAAAUGUCGACAGCGCAAGAAACAGUGGCUCCAGAGCUUGCAGACCAAAGUCGAAUACUACAGCAAUGAGAAUGACGCCCUCUCCUCAACUGUGACCCAGCUGCGGGAGGAAAUCGUUAACCUAAAGACCCUACUUUUGGCCCAUAAGGAUUGCCCCGUUUCCCAGGCUCAGGGACUAAAUAGCAUCAUGGUAAAUGGCAUGAGUGGUGAAUAUGCACAACACGCCAAUCCUUAUAUGACCAUGCAGGCAGGUGGCCCUGGUAUUGCUGCACAACCCAUGCCACGACGGUAAGGAAAGGGGGUUAAAAUUAAGAUAGGAGGCACAAAGGUAAAAAACGAAUGAGUCACCCAUGCACUCACCCACGCUUGCACUCCCACACUCCCACCCGAGGAAAUGGCGGCAUUUUUAUAUAUAGUUAAUCAUUUGAAACCGCAAAAAAUCUUCCGGCCGCUAAGAUAUAUACAACCUUACCCUACUCUACCUUACAUGCCUGCCUACCUAUACCGAUGUUCGUUAUGAAUGUUGACGUUUUCUCCCUGACUAUGGACGAAGGGGGAUUACCGGGGAUUACCUUUGCCGUUUCCCCCCUUCACUCAAUUCUUCUACCACUUCUUUUUCUUGGAAAUAAUUUUUUAGAUUGGCUGCUACACAGUGAUAAUUUGUGUUUCUUCCUUCUCCUUGUCUGUAUGUCUCUGGUUUCUCUUAUUUCUCUCAUCUUUUCUUUUUACUUUCCUCUUAUCUCCUUUUGUUUUUUUUCUCCGUUGGGGUAGUUGCUCUUUUUGGGGAGGGGAACAUUAAUUGGGUUUGGUUGGUGGAGUUCCUAGUUGGAAUUUUCGUGUGUCUUUUUGCUUUAACCCUUACUUUUUAGUGUUCCUUGUUGUCCUUUUCGUAUGCUUUAUAUGUUUUGUAUCAUGGAGGAGCUGUUGGGUAGGAGUUAAUAUGGCAAAGGAUUUUUCAUUUUGAUCUUCGUUUUAACUUUCAAGUUUCCCCCUUUUUUUUGGGGUUUUUUUUUUUCUUAUUUUGUCCUUCUUUUCCUCCUAUUCAGUUGCUGGCCAUUUUUCUAUCUGUGUGUAUGUAUGUCCGGUUUAAUUGCUGUACGAUAGAUGCUUUUAAUCCCACUAUUUGCAAUGAACUUUUGACGACGGAUAGUUAACUAACAAAUCAAAACAAGCAAGCUUUUUUUUUUUCUGUCUUUCUCUUGACCUUCCUUUAUUUUGAUUGAUGUAUUUUUUUAUUUUAGUCAAUUGUACCGAGUAUGUUUCUGAAAUCUGUAGCAGUUAUAUUGCCCAAUUCCAAUGCAAACAAGACAAACUUGACACCGGUCCCAAUCGCGAAACUCGAAAUUCAAGACAACAGUUAAUCAA